AUGUCUACUGCUGUAGCACCUCCAGUCCUCGCCUCAUUGCCAGCGCUUGACCGGAACCCGAGUCCUAGGAGCUAUCCUCCUCUGGCACCCUCAACCUCCACAUUAGCCAGAGAGCGAUCCAACGAGAGACAGAUGCCUUCAGAGCCUACCAAUGGGUUUAAUCCCAACGAGCGAACUCCCUCGGAUGGCAAACGAUCUCCAAAAUCUCGUGGUAGUGCGGGACAUCCUAAAAUCGUCGUCAAGAAAGAGCCUCCUGCUUCCCCCUCUCUUCAACCCAGCACACGUCACCGACCAAAGAAGUUGGACUUGAACACGAACACCAGCUCAAUCGCAAAUGGCAUCAACUCCCGCCCCUCGGCAACUCCCAUGACGGCAGGUGGUGGUUUGGUACUUCACGACGUUGGUUUGGCUUGCCUCUCACCUGGCUUUCAGACCCAAGACCCGGCGAUGCGGGAACAAUUAGAGCGGAGCAUUUCGGUCCGAGACCAGCAACGAUCUAUCAUCCAGGCAAGGCUCCUGAAGUCUGCUCGCGGCGAUCCUUCAGAUCCAGGAAAGUCCACAGAAGAAUCAUCCAAUGGACCAAAGACCACCGGCAAUAACUCCAAGAAGCGGCCCCCACCUGGUUUGUCAAUUGUUCCUCCGGCCGCAGAGCGAUUUGCCAACGAGCGGGUUGUUCAAUCUGCACCUCUGAAUCAGACUUUCACCGGCAGAGAUGCCGCCCCUCCGUCGAGGCAGAUCAACAACCAACCAUCCAACCUCUCCCAACAUUCCCAAAUUCAACAUGUGCCUGCUAUCCAGACCAGCAACCGCCUUCCUCCAAUCUCUGACGUUUUCGCUGCGAACGAGCUGAACCCGGGACCCAACCGACCUCCAUUCUUACAUGCCAACUCAACUCCUUCGCAGUCACAUGGGCCUCCUCUUCCAUCUCCUGGCUUUCCGCCACAGACUGCUCAUCCCAUGUCUCAACAUCAGGCCGCACAGUAUGAUCGAUCUAGAGAAUAUAGGUCGGCGGAAGACGCUGUACAUGAAAUGACCGGAGGGCGAGAGGACCUCCUGCCCAAGAUUGUCCAUUAUGGUGGACAUCAACCCCCCACACCACCCUCGCCACACCCAGGGCGGAAAGACAACUUGACACCGAAUAAAUAUCAUCCUGGGAGCAUUCCCACCAGCCGACGACGAAGUCGGAACGAGUACGAAGGGUCCAGCCCUCCUUUGGGUUCUGGACGAGAGCGAAUUCGAUACAGUGGCCCCUUUGGCGAGGGGCGUGAUAGUCCUGCCACUCAACGGGCUAAGAAGGAGGAAUUUCUUUCCCUUUGUUCGAGAGCCUGGGACCUGUUCCAUUCUUGA